AUGGCCAAUGACAAUAGUAAGACCUACAAUGAGGCCUCUUCCACAACCGUUCAGCGUUGUACGGAAGCCAAUAUCGCCCUCGUUCCUGAGGACCUAGACUUUUGCAUCCGUCAAACUCUCUUGAAUAAAGGGCAAAUUAUAUCGGCCGGCAUGAGGCAAGCACCAGGCGAAGCCGAAGCCGAAGCCGAAGCGAACAUGUCUAUACUUCUACAUGCGUUUGAUGCAAAAUUCAGCACUUCUUUCAUCAGCCACGGAUCUAAACAUAGAAAACAUGGAAUAAAUCAGCAUAAUUUUGCGUCCGAAGCCCCCUUUCCCUCGUAG